GGGGUGGCCCUGAACCAGCUGACUGGAUAUGAUCAAAUUGAACAAGUAAAACGCAAAGUCACUGAUCAAGCCGAGGCAUUUGAACACUCACGAGACGAAGUACAAAGUGCAAAAAAGGAGUAUGAAGAAGCGAUCGACACGCGAUCUAGCACACAACGCGAAAUCAACGAAUUGUUGCAGCGAAAGCAUUUAUGGACGGGCGAAGACGUUACUCGGUUUACCGAAUUGUAUCGCUUAGAACACGAUCAUUCGCGAGCAGAAUUAACCGCAAAGGAGCGAUACCAACACUCAGAAAAGCAGAUGGAUCGAGAAUACAUGGCGCUAGCACAGUCAAUUAUGGAAAGAUACCACGAAGAGCAACUAUGGAGCGACAAGAUACGAAGCGUCAGCACAUACGGUACAUGGGCGUUAAUGGUUGUCAACUUGCUAUUGUUCUUUGCAGUGCAAACUGUUUUUGAACCGAUGAAGCGAAGACGGUUGACUGACCGAUUUGAGGAUCUACUGGUCGCCAAAGUUGCCGAGGAGGAACUCAAGUUUAAAGAACUGAUGGACGAGCGUGAAAAUGCAAUUAAUGUCCAACAAACGGCCAUUUUGACCGCCGUGGGUGAAUUAGCAGCCAGUGUC